AAGCAGUAGUUUGAGUGAUGAUUUGGGAGAUGAUGAUCCUAUUGGCUGGUUUGAAGUGGAGGAAGAGUGGGAUGAAGUUGAUGUCAAAAUGCAGCGAUGCAGAAUAUCCCAGUACUUGAUGAUAAAGUUCUUGUGCACAAGACAAGACACAGCAGAACGGCUUGGAGUUCAAGGCCUGAAUGUUCUUGGCUAUCUUCGACCUACGCAAAACGAGCUCGAUAGGAGCAUGAACUGUUUGCAGUGCAGGAAAACUGAUGAUGAUACAGUUUGUGGCACAACUCUUCUCCUGAAGACGCUUCAUUUUAUCCAGCAGCUGGCACAGGACUUGGUUCAACAGAAGGAGAGCAGAUUAAAAUACAAGUCAUUUUUAGAUUUCACAGGCCUUGAUUUGCAGCUGUUCUGGAAUUUUUACAAUAAACUUCACCAAAACCCAAGGGAAGAAUGCGUCUUUGCUCAAACACUGCUAUUGCAGCUUCUUCAGAGGUGCUUCUCUGUACUUACUGGAGACAAUAAAACUGCUAAACCUCAAGAAACUUCUCAGAGCAAAACAUCUGGUCACGCAGAAGCUGCAGAAGAGCUUUAUAGACAUUUGUGUGAAGUAGUGGAUAUGGGGGACAGUAACUUCAUGCCAAUGAAAAUGCUAAAAGAGGAAGUUAAGAACACCCUACUCAGUGGAGCAGCAAUCUUUUUCCCAGAUAGACAAACCAGGCGACAUCAGCUCUUCACUAUGAUGAAAAACAUCACAGAGCAAGAACAUAAGCAAUCUGUGCAUCUAGCCUUCAGAUCCUUGUGUACCCACUUCAGUGAUCAAGAUCCAGGUGGACUCCUAUUAUUACCAGAGAAAGGAGUUUCUACAAAUUUUGACAUAAGUGAAGUGCUAUCAGUCAUGGAUACCCUUCUGCUAGUGGCGGCAAGAGAGUGUGAAAUGAUGAUGCUGGAUGUUGCACAGCAAGAGAGUGCCACAGUCUUGUCUUCCUUAUUCUGGUCUGUUCAAGGUAGCCUCCUUUCAUGGUGCUACCUGCAACUUAAGGGUAGCGAUAAUUCAGCCAAGGAUCUUGCUGUAGAAAUACUUAAAAACUAUGUGGGCCAGUUCCUGUCAAAUAUCAGAACGAUUUUGCAGUCACUUUUAUCUCAAUAUAGUGGCAAAAGAGUAGUAGAAAAAAUAAGUAACUCUGUCUUUGCUAUGGCAACUCGUCAGCUGGUCAUCUUCUUGUUGGAUUUUUGCGCUUUAGACAUUCCAUACUGUACUCUACUACGGGGAUUCAGCACUUUGAUAGAACCACUGAAAAGCCUUUGUAGUGAACCUCAUAAG